AUGAAGACUGCUGUGAUUUCUCUUGUUUCCGCUUUCUUGGCAGGCAAUGCUGCUGCCCAUUCUACUUUCCAGCAAUUUUGGGUUAACGGAGUCGACCAAGGUACUAGCUGUGCUAGACUGCCACUCAACAACAACCCCAUCAGAGGCGUUACUGGUGCAGAUAUUCGAUGUAAUGCAGGAACUAGCCCAGUUCCCGGAAAGUGCACUGUUAAUGCUGGCGGCACAGUCAUCGUUGAAAUGCAUGCGCAAUUCAAUGAUCGAAACUGUGCCAACGAGGCCAUCGGCGGUCAGCACUAUGGCCCAGUCAUCGUUUACAUUACUAAAGUAGAUGACUCUUCCAGAGAUUCUGGAGAUGGCCUGUGGUACAAGGUUUAUGAGAACGGCUGGUCCGCCGUUCCAGGAACUUCGAGGUCAGAUGACGACAACUGGGGUGUAAAGGACAUGAACAGAUGCUGCGGAAAGGUUGGCGUGAAGAUUCCUUCCGGCAUUCCAUCCGGAGAUUAUCUUGUCCGCGCCGAAGUUAUCGCUCUCCACUCAGCCCCAUCGGAACCCCAGCCAUACGUUACCUGCUACCAAAUCACCGUGACUGGAGGUUCGGGAUCGCUACCAUCCUCUGGUGGCGUUAGAUUCCCAGGCGCUUACAGCGCUAGCGACCCAGGAAUCGGUGUCAACAUCCAUGGCCACUUGACUCAAUAUACUAUUCCUGGCCCCCCUGUUAUGGCCGGUGGCAGUUCCGACACAGCCGGAAGCAUGCAAUGCCCUGCCACUGGAGGAACAGGAAACCCAACCACUUUGCGCACAACCACUACCGCCGCGCGCACAACUACAACCACUACCGCCGGCGCUACUACCGCUCGCACAACUGCGGUGACAACAUCCGGCGGCGUAAACUGCCCGGCAGGUGGCUGCAGUGGUCCCACUUGCUCCCAAUGGGGACAGUGCGGCGGAGUCGGCUGGACAGGAUGCACCAACUGCGGCAAUUUCCGCUGCGUCAAGCUCAACGACUAUUACUCUCAGUGUCAGUAA